GACAAAGUCAUCGAUCUCAAUCCAUCUAUGCCUUUCAAAUUGAUUAUCGAUAUUGGACACUUUGGGAUUAUGAUAAAAAUGAUGGAGCGAAACCUAAACACAGAGCUUUACAUACUGCUAAUAUUAUGGGGAACUAUAUGGUAAUAUUUGGUGGAAAUACACAUGAACAUAACUCUCAUGAAAAAUGUUAUGACAAUGGCAUCUAUUAUUAUCAUCUUGGAUGUCAUAAAUGGGUAAACAGUCAGGAAAUCUCUAAGGAUUUCAGCAGUGCAAAUUCUCGUCUUCCAGCUAAAGGUAGAAUAGGUCAUGUGACAGCUGUGCGGGAUGGAAGCAUACUGAUUAUCUCAGGUGGUUACAGUGGUAUUGUUCUGAGUGAUUUGAUUGGUUAUAAAGUUCCCGGUUCUAUUGCUUUAAAUACGAUUUCUCAUCUGCCAGCAUGCCAUAUGCAUUCAAUUAAGUCACAGUGUUUAGAUGAUCCUGAUUGUGCCUGGUGUAGAAAGAAAUAUGCUGAUAGCAGAGCUGGAUGUUUGGCAUUUGACGAAAAGGAGUUGUGUGAGAAUGGUUUCCAAACUGGUGACUGUCCUGGUCUAUGUAGUGUACUAAAAGAAUGUUAUGCGUGUAUGGCAUGGCAGCAUGGCGAUACAAGACUGUCUGAUACGCCUCAGCAUGUGGUAAUCAACCAACAAUGUGGAUGGUGUGUUGAAGACAGAAAAUGUUACCCAAAAAAUGCUCCCUUAGGCUAUUGUGGCGACAUGUCCACUUAUAUGGAACAAAUUGCUUAUAACAGUGCUCCAAAUGACAAUUUCCGUUUCCAUGAAAUUGAAAGAAAUCCUGUUUUUCCUGACACAUCACGUGUUGCCAAGUAUUAUAUGGAAUUUGAAGCCAAACAAACUAUCCUUAACAAUCCCAAACAGCAAGGUGGUAGUACAAUGCAGUUAGACUGGAACAUAGAGCUGAUAGAGUCAUAUGAUAUUCAUACUGACCCACUGGGAAAGCAGGCCAAGGUUGAAUGUGGUAUUCCUGCUAUGUGGUGUUAUCAUACUUGUAUCCAUGGAAUAUGUAGUGAAGAACCUGAGUAUAUAUGUGUAUGUGAUCUUGGAUGGACUGGAGAUGACUGUAAUACAAACUGUGGAUGUCAUAAUCACAGUACUUGUAAUAAUGGUAUUGGUCUAUGUGAUGAAUGUCAAUACUGGACUGAGGGUGACAGCUGUGAACUUUGCAAACCUGGUAGUUAUGGCAAUGCCACAACAGAAACUGGAUGUUUAGAGUGUGCCUGUAAUGGUCAUGGUGAUUCAAGUUUAAAUAAUUGCCAUGGCAAUACUGGAAUUUGUUACUGUAUUGAUAACACACGUGGUGAUCACUGUGAACAUUGUGUGGAUGGUUACUAUGGCAACCCAGUAAAUAACAAUAAAUGUUACAAGCUUUGCGAAGGUCGUACAUUUCUAACCAAUGCGGUGGCAUCAGCAUUUGGAUCACAUGAAGGUAAAGGUGUAAUUGACGCAUCCCACGGAUACUGUCUUUGGAUCAUCACGGUGUUUGAUAACGUAACUAUGUCAUCGUUAUUAACCAUACCGACAAUAACACUUACGCUGGAAGAGAAUUUACAAAUAGAAUGUCAGAAAGACCAUGUCUAUGUGUAUGAUGGUAUCCCAGAAUCCAUCAGUGGGGUACACAGUCAAUCACAAUCUGUUAUGCUUGGUGCUUUCUGUGGAACUGGUUUACGAGAGCCAAUCACUGUCAAGGCAACUUCUGGUGUUAUGACAGUUGUCUUUGAAGCUAAUAUCGCCCAGUCAGCUAUCACUCAAGGGUUUACUGCACUAUAUACAAUAGAGGAAUGUCCAUUACGUUGUCAUGGUAAUAGACAAUGUGUUAACGGGCACUGUGUUUGUAUGGAUCGUUAUCGAGGCAGUGAUUGUCAGAUACAGAUAUGUCCACAAGAUUGUAAUCAACAUCUAUCACAGGGUGUAUGUGAUGACGUUCUAGGUUUAUGUAGAUGUUCGGAGGGAUUUGCUGGAUCUGCUUGUGACAUUUUGAUUACAUCAAGGGAAGUCAUUUGGAGAACCCUCUAUGAUCCAUUACUUCAAGCCCCUUCUGAUAAUAGCUACCCAUCCCUAUCAAGAAUGGGACAUUCCAUGGUAGCUGCAGAGAAUAAUGAAUUAUGGGUAUAUGGUGGUUAUAGUCUAGAAGAAGGAAUCAAAAGAGAUGUACAAAUGUAUGACCUUAACAGUCACACUUGGCAAGUGAAAUCAACAUCAAGUAUUAAUAUGGAACCACUUGGUAGAUACUACCAUGCAGCAGUCUAUACGAACCCUAGAACUAUGUUUAUCCAUGGUGGAAUUACAGAACUGGGCAUUGCCAAAGACUUCUGGGUGCUGGAUUUAGAUGAAUCUGAGUGGACACGAGUUGAAAUUCCAUUUAUAUUACCUGCCUUAGCUGGUCACAGUAUGACAUUAAUACGUGAUAGGUAUAUUGUGAUAUUAGGUGGUUAUUCACCUGAAGAUGGUUUGUCCGAUGUUGUUGUACAAUAUGAUACAGAACAAACACAAUGGUUGGUAUUAGAUGUGAAAGGUACACCACCAACUGGUCUGUAUGGACAUAGCACUGUAUGGAACGCUGAAACAGAGUCUCUUUAUAUAUACGGUGGUUACAGGUUUCAUACUGAUCAAGUCGCUCUGUCAGAUAAACUAUAUGCAUUCUAUUAUCCUGAUAAAACAUGGAGUAUAUUGACUGCCAGUGAUCAGGUUAAGCAACUACCUCGUUAUUUACAUGCUGCUGUGACAACAUCCCAACAUUUAAUAAUUCUUGCUGGUGCGACAGAAAAUAACUUCACCAAUUCAGUGAACUUGUACAAGUAUGAAUGUAAUACAUGGACUGGUUUGUCAUCCCAAGGUAAGUUACGGCAAAGUUAA